UUGCCCGAAAGAUUACCAAGAAAUCCAGGGUUUCCCUUCGAGCUUGUUGGUUUUCCUUAUCCAAUUUAGGGUUUGUGGAAUUGCUUCUUACCGCGGGAAAAUGCCGCCGUUAUGCUGGAGGCACCAUACGCUAAUUCAAGCUCUGCUAUCUCGUGGUCCACUCAAGGAAAAGGAGUUUCAGUCCAUCUUCUCCGAUGUCACCGGCAAAAGUGUAGAUCAUCGACAGUUAUUUAAUGAGUAUCUGCGGAAGAUAAACAUGGAGCUGUCUUAUGUUCAAUUUGAGUUACGGGCAUGCAGAAACCAGUAUGAUGGUGGUGUGUAUUAUGGAGUGAUAAACAACGUUGCAGAUGAGCAGUCCAAGCUUGGAACAAGAUAUACUGUACCUCAAAUUGCUUUUUACAAGGGGAUUAUUGAAGCGAUAGUCCAAGAUGCCACAGCUCAGGGUACCAUUUCUAAUAUUGCCGCUCUUAAUGUUCGGCUAGAAAACCAGGGUGCUUCAACUCAAGUCCCUACAGCAUUCAGGAAUUUUUCAAUGUCUCAAAAAGAGAAAUCUUUACAAGAAUUUGUUCAGGAUCAAUGGUUGUGUACCACACCUGAUGGUAAAAUCGGACUUGGUGUUAGAUCAUUCCUGGAUCUUAGGAGUUGGUUUCAUAACAAUGAAGUUCCUACAUGUGAUGUCUGCAAUGAAGCUGGAAUUAAGGCAGACUUGUGCCCUAACGAAAGUUGUACUGUUCGUAUUCAUGAUUACUGUCUAAAGGCGAAAUUCUCUCAAAGCAGGAUAGAUAAAGUGUGCCCUGGUUGUGGUACACAAUGGCCUUUCAUGGUGGCAAAAGCAGAAGCCGUUGAAGAAGAGGAUGCAGAUGUCCAUCAGCCUCCUCUCGUGCGAAAAAGGCUAAGAAGUUCCAGAAUAGUUGAAGAAGAUGAGAGUCAACCACCUUCUGAGCCGUUGGGUAGAAGGAAUCUUAGAAGCUCGAGAGAUGGUCAAGAGGACGAGUCCAACGGUCCAUCUCAGGUUCAACCAUCCUCUGGUCCCUCCAAUAGAAGGGCUAGAAAGAUUGAAGAUGAAGAGUCUAUUGGUCAGCGUAGAAAGAAGGUUCAAACAUCUAAUGAUGGGUCUGGUCCAUCUCAAGAAACCAGGAGAUCAACCAGAACUUCUUCACGGUUACACCGUUGAUAAAUUUGUAAACAAAAUGUUGUCUUUUGUUAGAUGGGAUUUUGUGAAUAUUGUGUAUCCAACUAUUUUGACCCAUGAAAACCUAUGGGUGCGAUCCCAUGUCCCUCUGCUAGUCUCAACCGUUGACUGAGCUAAAAAAUGGUCUUUCACAUUGGUGUUCUUAAAGACGGUUUUCGUAUAAUACCAAUUA